AUGGACUUUCCAACCAGACCACCACCCUCCCAGGAAUCCCUUCAACGCUACUACAUUGGCAAAGACAUUGGCUCGGUCCCCAAACCCGCCGUUGUCCUAGAUGUAGCUAUCAUCAAGCGCCAUUGCGCGUCCAUGUUGGAUGCAGUAAAGACUUUGAAUGUGGGGUUUCGUGCGCAUGUCAAGACACACAAAACACCCCAAGUCGCUCGUCUCCAAGUCGGGGAGGACAAAUCUAUACCCGCAAAUUUUGUCAUCUCGACCCUUCUGGAAGGGGAAACUCUGCUCCCAUUAGUCAAGGAACUACGAGCCACCGGACGAAAGGUCAAUGUCCUUUACGGCAUACCUCUUGUGCCUUCUCAGGUUCCCAGGUUGGCUGCACUAGCGCGCGAACUAGGCGAGGGGAGUAUUUCCGUCAUGAUUGAUCAUCCUGAUCAGGUCCCGUAUCUGACCGAGUUUCGGGAACUGGCGGGCUAUGCGGCGUCGGUGUUUCUCAAGGUGGAUUCGGGGUAUCAUCGGGCGGGACUCCCGCCUUCCAUGCUGAAUAAGGGGGGUUUGAUCGAGAAGGUGAUUGAAGGAGAGAGGGAGGGGAAGUUGGUUCUGUUGGGGGUUUACUCACAUAACAGUUUGAGUUACGGGGGAGAUACGCCAGAGGAGGUAAUGGGAUUCUUGGUGCAAGAGAUCACCGGGUGUCGGGAGGCAUUGAGGAAGAAUAAGGACUUGUUCACAUUGCCUGGUGGUAAGGGGAGGGAAUUGGUGGUCAGUGUUGGGGCUACGCCGCAGGUGGUUGUGGUGAAGAAGUUACUUGAGGAGGAGGGGCAACUGAAUGAGGAGGCGAGGCGGUUGAAGAGCUUAUUGCAUGAGAAGGAUGUGGAUAAUAAGUUGUCCGUCAAAGUUGAGCUCCAUGCGGGUGUCUACCCGGUUUUGGAUAUGCAGCAAUUGGGCACCAAUAUCCAUCCCACUGCGGAUGCGGACAAAGAGGUUGGCAUUUCAGUGGUGGCGGAGGUCUGCAGUGUGUAUAAUGAUGCUGAGCGAUCGAAACCCGAGGCUUUGGUGGCUGCUGGGUCGCUGGCUUUGGGGAGGGAGCCGUGCAAGUCGUAUCCGGGAUGGGGAGUGGUUGGGGAUUGGAGACGAGAGAAGGGGUCGUCGCGGUUGAUUGUCGAUCGGAUCAGCCAGGAACAUGCGAUUGUUGCCUGGGAAGGAGGAGAUGGCUCUGCAAUUCCGCUCAAGGUCGGACAGACCGUCAGGAUAUAUCCGAAUCAUGCGUGUGUGACGGGGGCUAUGUAUGGGUGGUAUCUGGUGGUGGAUUCGAGUCGGGAUGGGGAUGGAUCGACGAUUGUGGAUGUUUGGCCGAGACCGACGGGGUGGUGA